GCGGCCAUAACAGUGGGGAGAGCCACGAGUCGCCCUCUGGAGCUCACGCGAGGCUUCGGGGAAUCGGCUUCCUUCGUACUCCCCACCGCCACCCUCACCCAUUUCCCUCACCCGAGUUCGUGGACGGGCAAACAACGUACGUUGCGGGUGAUUGUGUGGGUGGGGGUGUUAUUCAGUCUUGUCUCGGUGACACGACAGCUCGUGCGUAGCGUCGGUGGGACGACGUAUGCGGCAUCUCUAACGCAGAGCUCGCCUGACGACAGCGAUGGGCCCUUGUCCAGCCGUCAGAGAAGCGCCGAUUAAAUCAAUCAUCGCUUUUGAUGUGGUCGAAGCCGGUCCCCCUGUGAAUGACUUUGGUCAAGAUGAUCUCGCUGAAGAUGCAGCAGGUGACCAUCAGGAAGCACCUGUAAACCCACCGGCAGUACCCCCAAACCCACCAGAUGUCCCUGUGAACCCACCAGGAGCACUACCAAACCCACCAGACGUUCCUGCAAAUUUACCGGAAGCGCCUCCUAUAAACAAAUCAGCUACUGUGCUUCAGUACCAGCAAACAAAAUGUCAAGCGGUUAUAUAUGGGGCGGUUUGCUGUACAAUCUGUGGUCUCUUUUCCCUUACCUUCCUCGGCACACCGGGACCUCGAGCAACAGCUCCUACCCCGACCAUCCUUCUUCAGCAACCGUGGAAUCCCUGGCCUGUUCGUGUUGACGAUCUCUUAGUCCCUCGAAUCAUGGUGUGGAUCGGCCGAUCUUCUGAGCCGGCGGCAGAUCCACGCGUCGUCAAGCCAGCGACCGUUAUGGCGGGGCCGAGAGCCUCCAUUUCUAACCAGAAAAGGAUCGCGUGCCGUUUAAUCGACCACAGGGAUGACGACCUGCUGGAGCAUGAGUGCACAGUGACGUACGACCAGCGCCUCGUGAUGGAAAGCGACGCCAUCGUAUUUCCUGCCGACAGCGUGAACAUUAAUUUUCUUCCCACUCAGCGUGCCAUUCCCCAGUUGUGGGUAUUGUGGGCGCGCAAGGCUCCUGCGCUUGACAUCGGUGCUUUGGCCGAAGGUCACUUUGGGAAACGGGAAUCAUCCUCGAGUAAUUCUGAUGAGUCACUCGCACUUUUCAACUGGACUAUGGGCAGUCGAGAAGACGCCCACGUCAACGUUAAAUACAAGUCUUUUCGUCCUCGCUCCCCGGCCGCCCACCACUCGCCGUUGCCCCCUGGAAGACUCAAUGCUAGCGAGAGGUCGGCUAUGCUUAAGACAAGAGGGGACGCUGCCUGGAUCGCUGCCGACUGUGAACAGGAAAUGUUCGAGGAAGAACGGCAGAAGUGGAUGGUGUCAGUGAACGACUGUAGUGUACACAAUUGCGUAUUCACGUAUGUCGCGAGGUCCCUCGAAAUGCACGUGAUGCCAAGCUGCGGUGCCAGUUAUUGCGAGUCGCUGGCGGACUGCGUCGCGUACGUUGCCAGGCACUUCAAUUUCAUCAUAGUCACGGAGACGCCAGCCUGCUUCCAGAGCGCCGACGAGCUCAUAUAUGAGGCAUUCAAGCACGACUUAGUUCCCAUCAUGAUAAAGCCGUUGCCUUCAUACUUACACAUGCUCAGGCGAGGUCGUGCGCCUGUAUCGCAGGAGUUGAGGCGCCAGUUGCCACCCCAUUCUGUGGUGAGCGGGGCGGAAAUGCGUCCCGGCCACCUAAGCGAUUAUCUUCGCUACCUGCUGAACCAUCCUGCCGCCUACGAGGAAUACUUCGCUUGGAAACGCAACUUUACCGUGACCACACUCGACGAUGACCUGUGCCCAAUGUGCGUUGCUCUGCACGACCUUCACAAGGGGAAAGUUCCGACAGGCCGGGACGUUCGUGAGUGGUGGCGCCUUCGCGCUAAGUGCGGUGAUGGUAGUUUGUAGGAUGACAACGAGUACCAGCUCAAGUGGCCAUGAACUCCUGUGGUAGGCCAGUUCUUCCGACUGCAAUUUAUUGUGUGAUAUCCUCGCAGGCGUUCUCAUUUGGAACUCUGUAUGGAAGUACUCUGCUCAAUUACAUGGUGAUUCGUGUUCAACAUAUUCAAGACCAACCCAGAGCUAAGUAAGUUAGGAUUUUGUGGA